AUGGCGAAUAACAGAAGAAAGAAAAAGAAGAAAAAAGAAAAGAUAGUGCAGUUCAUGGAGAAACUAGGAGGAUCUGUGAGUGAAGGAGAGAGGUCAAUGAAAAUAGGUGGUACAGGAAGAACUCCUGUAAACCUUGCCGUUUUGAAACUCAGUGAGGCAGGCGUCUUAGACAAGCUGAAAAACAAAUGGUGGUACGAUAAAGGUGAAUGUGGACCCAAGGACUCUGGAAGUAAGGACAAGACGAGUGCCUUGAGUCUCAGCAACGUUGCUGGAGUCUUCUACAUUCUGGUUGGAGGCUUGGGCUUGGCAAUGCUGGUGGCUUUGAUAGAGUUCUGUUACAAGUCCAGGGCAGAGGCGAAGCGAAUGAAGCGCUGGAGUACACGGCGCUGUACUAUAGGUGAAGUGUGCCAAGCACAUAACAGGUCCCUGUCCCGAGGAGCAUACAGGCUAAAGACACAGCCAGUACAGUACCGAACCAUACAGUACAGAGCAGACACAGAGUGAGCAGAGCAUGGUGCUUGAGCAUGGUAGCUGGAGCGCUGCAAGGAAUAGGUGGGUUCUCACGGUAAGGGGGGCUUGGCAUGCGCUGGCUGGGGAGUUUCCCAAACAUGCUGUGGUGCAGUUUUGUUUCUCUGUUGUAUACAACUCGUGGCCCUGGGUACAUGUGCAUUGUCAUGGAACCUGAUAUCCUACUGUGCCUGAUUUGUGCACAGUAAAGCAUCAGUUUGCUGAUGGAUCACCCAGCUAAGGAGGUGUCAUUGUGGCUCCAAGGGUACAGGUCAGUGGUCACUACUGUGACAACAUCCCAAGCUCACUGCCUGUUCUCUGUAACAAAGGUCUUAAAAAGAAGUGAGGCCCUGGCACAGGCUGCCCAGAAAAGCAGUGGAUGCCCCAUCCCUGGAGUUGUUCAAGGCCAGGUUGGAUGGGACCCUGGGCAGCCUGAUCUAGUGCUUGAUUUAGCAAUUGGCAACCCUGCCCAUGGCAACUAUGUUGGAAGUGGAUGGGCUUUAAGACCCCUUCCAACCAAAGUCAUUCUAUGAGUCUCUGAUUCCAUGAAAUAAUCCCAUGAAAGUAAUUGCAAAAAAAAUAAUCCUUUCCAUAGAAUUCUUUAGCGCCCAUCACUGAGAGCAUCCCCAGCCCAAUACAUAGAACAAUGUGUGCAUAUGUCAAGAAGUUCCAAUGAUAAGUGCCUUUUUAUAAGCAAAUCUAGUCUAUAUUGACAACUAAUUUUUUAAAGGUGGCAUUUUGUUUUAUUGAAAAUUCAUCUUUGCUCCAGUGGUAACUUCUGAUAACAUUUUAAAAAACAUUUCAGAAUGCAGGCAUUUAAAAAUUUAAAAAAAAAAUAGAAAUUGCUUUGGAUUUUUGAGCAGAUAUUUAUUGACUCCAGAAAUUAUUCCUUCUCCUUAUCUUGUUUGCUGUACUAGUUACUAGAGAAAUGUUAGCACAUGAACCUAACAUAGAAGAGCUAAUGCUUGUCGGAGGCAGCCUGCUGAGGUGAGGUCACACUCGCCAGCAGUGUGGUGCCUCCCAUGUGCCCUCUCCUGCCCGCACUUCUCAUAGACCUCUGUCAGCCCACAGCAGCACAGAGCCACAGUGCUGCACACACGUAUUUCUGCAGACAUAUGUCUGCAUUUAGCACCUCAAAACCUCAGAUGUGUUCAUUUAUCUGAGGCGUAAAGGGAUCGUAUUAGAACUAAAACUUGCUAAUACAGAAAUAUGCUUGACAGAUCUAACCUGCAUGAGUAACCCACAUACUUAUUUUUAAGCUGACAUCAAAUAGUUUUAAUUAUUUAUGUGUUAAACUGAUAGAAAACAGCUUAAAUAACCCACUUAGAAACUAACAUUUAUUACUAUUUUUUUCUUCUAAUUGAAUCCAGUAAGAAACGAGUAGCUACAGGGAAAUUCACCAGUCUGCGAGGCAGCAGAAUAUGGAAACGUAAGAGAAGUACACAAACGUGUGGUGAAGAUGUUCAGAAGGGAUGACAGACUAUUGUAUCUGCCCUUGGCAGGGAAGGAAGUGUGCUCUGAAGUGGGAGCAAACCCUUCCCUUUCCCCGAGCAGCACUUUUCCAUUUUCAUUUAUUCAUAAGCCAGGCAACUUGAUAGUCUGGAGGAAAUGCGGAGCCAACACUUCUCUCCAGCUGCUCAGAGAAAACCACUGCUGGGUUCCUCCCAUGAGUGACAAAGGGGUUGUCCCAGAGGCACCUUCCCAGCCACCACCACCACCACAGUCCUCACCGUGGGCCGUGAGACUCACCAGCCAGCUCCCAGCUCCACUGCUUUUGCUUGCGCUCCCACCUUGUGCUGGUUAUAACUGACCAAAUUAACUACAGAAUUUAGAAAUAUAUAUAUAUAUAAUAUUUACAUGAAAUUACAAAAUGAAUGGCUAGCAAGGCCAAAUUGUAAAAGAAAGCUCAGUAAAUCUGUAAUGUACUUAUCUUGACUUAUGUACUUCCAAUUUCAUAUUCCAUACAGUGAAAGUAUUUGAAAGUUCAUCUUCAGUAUCUGUGCAAAGACAUUCCCAGGUGACCCAGGUGCUAGAGACAUCUAAACAACAAAGAAACUCAGCAACUGGGUACUUACAUUAUUACACAGACUGAGGAGAUCAGCUUCCUACAUUCCUAUUCCCUGCUGGGAAGAGGACAGUCAACAUUUUCACGUGAUUAAGUGAACAACUAGUUUAGCCAAAACUAAUGACCUUAAUAUGAAAACUAACUACCGCUGAGUUUGAAACUAACACUAACUGAGUACACUUACUGAACAGUGACUUCCUAACAUUCCUAGCAAAUACCAAGAGUUUUCCCUCUUAUCCCAGCCUCUCCUGAAACCAUUUUUUAAAGCCAGGCCAUAAAUCUGAAACUGUAGCAGCACAAUCAAGCACAGUAUUAGCCUGGCUCAUUACCCACAGCUUAGUUUGAAAUAAAACACAGACACAUAUCUGGUUAGUUUGCUUUAUGGCAACUUCCUGAGUACAAGUUUGACCUGCUCCUGCUGGCUUUGUCGACUGUCUGGGUUGUUUCCUGCUGAAUUGUUGUUACCCUGUGCUGUGAGCAGAGGGGAGUUGCCUUAGUGCAGCUUUUUCUGUUGUUCCAUGGA